CCUCCACAAGGCUCUGCAGCCUCGUACCUUCCUACCCGUUCACAACAAUCAAAGAAAGGUGGAUCUUGACCACCUCGAUGGCUGUUUCCCAUUCAGAUACCUUGUUGGCUGAACAGUUUCCAAUAAAGCUGACUCGAAGCCUUCUCUUCUUCCUCCAACAUGUUCACUGCUGUGCUUACUACCCACAACACAACUCAAAACACCAUCGCUUUGCUCCGAUAUCUUUUAAGGCUAUUUACCUCUUUUGGAUAGCUUCUACAGAUUACGUGCCCAUUCCAGUCUAUCAACAAUUUCGCCUGGUGCUGUCUCUAUUCAAACUGCUCCGACUCCAUAUACGCAGCAGUGAUGCGCUCAAACCUACUCCGGAGCAAUGGAGGAAUUGUGUUGAUACCAGAAAUAUGCCUUCAAGUUGCAGGAGAAGUAAUCAACUCAGAUCCGAAGUCUGCUGGAUCUCUCUUGCGCGUCUCCAAAGACUUCAAUUCUCUCCUUUCAGAUUAUGAACGAUCAAUUUCCAAGAGCAUAAGAGACACCAAUGUAGACGAGUUUGCCCACACGAAUGCAGAUCAAGCCACAAUUUUAUCGUCUCGCAUGCCACCAGGGGAGAUUGUGGUUUCUAUACUUUCAUACCCUUGGGUCAACGAGAUGCACUGUCGGCAGCAGACAAUCGAAUUCCUGAUUGAGCACGAAAUCACCGAUAUGAUGGAUGUUACUAGUAGCUCUGGAUGGCCUACGCUGGAUGUUCCCAAAGAAGAGCUUUCGAAACGCCUAGCCAUCUUCAAAAGAAGGGCUUUUCUUCUCCUUUACAGGUUAGCAGAUUGUACUAUCGGACUUACCGGAACUCCUGCCAUUCGAGCUCGACAAUCCGAAUUGCUUGAGAGCCUUUCUUCGGAUGACUUGGCGAGCCUAGGCGUGAUUGUUGAAGUCAUGGGACAUGGAUUUUUCACAAUGACCAAGAAUGCUCUUCAUGCUUCAGGUCUCCUCAAUAACGUAGCUGUUCCUCCUUCUAGUGCAUCCCCUCUGUACACACCCGACACAACACCCAUCGAAGACUUAUGGAACGACCACUGGAUUCGAGAAUGCAUGUGUGUAUUUGAAGAUCUGGUUCAAAAGUAUGGACCGGCCUUUGCCUACGCAUAUAUUGAGGGUUCCAAUGAUCAAUUGAAACGUCCAGACUUAUGGGCUCGAUUGAAAAUGCAGCACGGGUUGGACAAUAUGAAUGCGUAUGAGAUGGGAUACACAAUGUCUUAUGCAAGCCUACAAAGCGUUGUAUGGAAAGUUUUCUGCAAAAAGAUCGAUUGCUCUCUGCAGGAUAGUUGGACUGUUGCUCGAGAGCGAGCGGAGGCUCAAAUGGAGUUGUACAAAGUCUGACGUAUAGAUGCGGCAUAGAUGAGAAGGCGCAAGGAGCCAUAGCGAUGGAGUAGAGCCGGCCGCCUUUUAGUUCUGCAAAGCCA